AAAAGUCACAUGAUAUUGUUAAUGGCGAACGAUGUCUUAUGCUGACGACGAUACAGCAGGAAACUUUGUUGGGUCAUUCCCAAAGGGUUUCGGGUAUGGACCAGAUGAAAAUGAAGUUGAUGGUGUGGCGGCAGCAGCGGAAGAAAAACCAAGGAUAUUAUUGAUGGGACUGCGAAGGAGCGGCAAGUCUUCCAUUCAGAAAGUUGUCUUUCACAAAGUGUCCCCCAAUGAAACAUUGUUUCUGGAAAGUACCAACAAGAUUGUCAAAGAUGAUGUGUCCAACAGCUCCUUUGUACAGUUCCAGAUCUGGGAUCUGCCCGGUCACAUUGACUUCUUUGAUCCCACAUUUGAUUCGGAGAACAUCUUUGGAGGAUGUGGUGCUUUAAUAUUCGUCAUAGAUGCUCAAGAUGACUACAUGGAGGCUCUCUCUAGGCUGCACUCAACAGUGUCCAGAGCCUACAAGAUCAACCCCAAGAUCAAGUUUGAAGUGUUUAUUCAUAAAGUUGAUGGACUGUCUGAUGACCACAAGAUUGAGACUCAGCGAGACAUCCACCAGCGAGCAUCAGACGAUCUGCAGGACACAGGGCUAGAAAGUGUUCAUCUUAGCUUUCAUCUCACAAGUAUCUACGAUCAUUCAAUAUUUGAGGCAUUCAGCAAAGUUGUACAGAAACUGAUUCCUCAGUUACCAGUGUUAGAAAACCUCCUUAAUAUUCUUAUAUCAAACUCAGGCAUAGAGAAGGCAUUUCUGUUUGAUGUUGUCAGUAAAAUCUACAUAGCCACAGACAGUUCUCCUGUGGAUAUGCAGUGCUAUGAGCUCUGUUGUGAUAUGAUUGAUGUCGUCAUUGAUGUGUCCUGUAUAUACGGUGUGACGGAUACCAUACUGGCUAGUAUUCGAGACGAUGGAGCCUUUGACAACCAGUCCGCAGCCAUCAUUAAGCUGAACACCAACACCAUCUUGUAUCUGAGAGAGGUGAACAGAUACCUAGCUCUGGUCUGCAUCCUCAGAGAGGACAGCUUUGAGAGACAAGGUCCUGUUGCAGGUAUCAUCGACUACAACUUCCACUGUUUCCGCCACGCAAUACAGGAAGUGUUUGAUGUCCGGCAGAAGCAGGAGCUUGGCAGUGGGCACCUCAACUCAACAGAACUUGUUCAUUCUAAUGGCAUUGCCAGUAAGAUCCAGUGAUGCCAUUCUGCCUUGACUGAAUCCGAGACAGUGAUUUCCAGUGCAGGCUGUAGGACAUUCUGCUGACAGUGUGGAGUAGGUGAGAGCCAAGCAGUGGUCAUGUCAUACUGAGCAGAAUUGGUCAGAGAAAAUGAAUAUCAAGAAAAUCAAUGUUGCUAUCUGUUGCAGUUGGCAGUGUUGAGAGAGUGAAAUGAUGCACAUCUAUCAGUUAGUUUUGAUACCAUACCAUAAGCUCAUGUCUUGAGAGGUAACUUUCUACAAAUAUAUUGCCCUACAUUGCAAUGAUGUACAUUAUUAGUUCUGGAUCCUGCAAGAAACGUUAAUUGAAUGUAUGAUUGUUAUUGAUAUGUUUAGUUAUUAUUUUCAUAUCAGUCUCAUGAUUAUCAGCUACACCAUGCAACACAUAUUUGCUGCUAUUGUUAUGAUUUGAAACUGUUCCAACACAUGAACUCAACGAUCGCAAUACUUUCAGAAUCAUGUACUCAACAGCAUAUCUUCAAGUCAUCCUGAAUUCUCAAAUAAAUUCCUUGUGACAGUGUUUGUGCAAGGUGUAUUUUGGUAAAGUUCCUUGUGACAGUGUUUGUGCAAGGUGUAUUUUGGUAAAGUUCCUUGUGACAGUGUUUGUGCAAGGUGUAUUUUGGUAAAGUUCCUUGUGACAGUGUUUGUGCAAGGUGUAUUAAGGUAAAGUAAGCAUACAGAAGUUAUGUCAUUGUGUCUGUCCAUAUGAUCAACUGUAGGCCAUCUCACAAUGGGGAAAUGCAGUCAAUAUUUCACUGAAUCACUACACUGCUACAACUUAACCAUCACAAAGCAGUGAUGUAGAAAGUCGAGAAACUGACUAUGGCUCACACUGUCACUGCUGAGUAUACAGCAUACAGACACUUCUUACAGACAGAAUGAACCUAGGAUUGAAUGCAAAUACUUACCUUUAGGUCCAAAAACAACUUUGUCAAAAUUAGAACUGAGGGUUUGAAGUUAGGGGCGAUAUUUUCUACUCAAAAGUUAAACGUGUGUUUGUUUUGUAUUAGUCUAUGAUUAUUCUGUCAUGAUGUAAUUAUCAACAGUAAUGUGAAAGAGCCAGGGUGUUAUUCAACUUAUUUUGUAUAUAGUAUAUGUGAUAGUGUUUCCAGUGUGCAGGCUCUGGGAUCUUCAGAUGAAAAUGACAGAUUUAAGCAGUUUUUAUUUAGACUUGAGUUACUUUCAGCAUCCAGGGGCAGGGUCCUAUCAAUGAAGACUAAGAUAUGCUUUUAUGACAUCUUCCAAAUCAAGUAAUAUAGUUCAAAAAUGGAAACAAUGUUACAAUUAGAGAAUAUUUACUAGGUCUUCACUGUACAGUUUCUUGCUACUUCAGACAGUUCUGUCUCUGUAGACAAACAUUAUUCUUUUUCAAUAGAAUAUGUGCUCAAAGUUUUCAAUGUUCGUCAUUUUGCACAAUGCAGAUUUAAUUAUUUCUUGUAUCUGAUCAAUGGGUUAGACGUAAAGGGCAAUACAUAUACAGUUCUUGCUAGGAUACAAAGGUUGUGAUAUACCAAAAUCUUUAUUGGAAGUAGUUUUCAUUUCUUCAUAUCACAACACCAGUUUCGGAGGAGACACCAUAUUACAUUUAUGUAAAUACCGGUAAGCACAUUGGUAAGCUUUCCAUACAUCUUUACAUCAUUCUUAUAUUGAUGAAGAUUUGUAGUGCUGUGAAUCAACUGUGGAAUGGGGAUACUGUGUUGCUGUAUGUCCAACAGUAAACACAGGCCUACAUGCACAAAGCAGUGGUACCGCCACUGAAAGAAGUUGAGUUCUGAUUGCUGAGACAGCUUUGUGCAGAUGAGCCUCCUAUGGCAAUACAAAGGUGUAUUGCUUUGUCAGGCUGCCAGUAAAUCUUUUGUGCCAAACUUGAGUUUGUGCUUGUCAUAAGGGACAGGACAUGUCAUUUUGCAUCAUACUUACGUCAAUAGUGUGUACUUGUACAGUGUAACAUGUUAAGAUGAUGUUAAGAUGAUGUUGGAAUAUGACCUUUGAUCAUGUGAUUUGAAAUGUAUUGAUCUUGUAAUUUAUGCAUGACCUUGUAGACUUGUGUUAUGAAUUAAGUAUACCUCAGUCAUAGUGAGUGAGUGAGUGGGUGAAUGCUGCUUUAUGCUGUAUCAUCAGAUAUUCCAGUUAUUAAUUAGAGCAACCAACAGUUACACAUGAUAUAUGCACUUCAGUUAUUAAUCUGAAUUCAGCAGAUUAUUUUGUUUCAUUUUUAUGGAUACAGAAAAUGCUAUUUCUGUACACAUUGCAGUUACAAAUACUGUAUUUUGCAGUUUAAAUGUAGAAUAUUGUAUUCAUAAAUAUGGAACAAAUAUUUAUUUUUGUUUGUUGUUUAAAACUGCACUCAACAAUAUUCCAGCAAUAUUACAGUAGCCUGUAAAUAAUCCAGUCUGGACCAGACUUCAUGGGUAUCAAUACUGUAUUUUAUGUUUAUGAAUUCUGUAUUCUGUAGUAAUAAGUCUACAGCAGGUACUAGUAGCAAACAUGGACUGGAUAUGUGUAUCAGCUUUAAUACAGUUCGUCGGGUCCAGUGUUGAUUAUUCAUGGGUAGCCAGUUCAGCUGGAAUAUUGCUGAUGUUUCACUCCACUUCACACACUCAUACUGUGACCAGUUAUCAGCGAGCACUACUAUUAUGGUUUAAUGCAGAGUUACUCUCUCUCUCUCCCUCUUUCCUCCCCCCCCAUAAUUUCCCUGAGGAGCAUUUCCCCCUAACCUUUGGACCUCCUGAUUUAUGUGCACCCCCAUUCUCCGAAAUUCUGGAUCCGCCCCGCAUACAUUGUUUUUUGUUGAAUGCAGAAUUUGCUAGACUUGAUAAAUACAAGCCAGACUGUGUUAUCAUUAAGCUGUAAAUGCCAUUUUCAGCUCUGUGCUAAAUAUGAUAGCGUUUGAACCAGUGUAACAGUGAGAUAAUGAUAUGUCUGGUGCAUGAUUGCAGACCAUAUAUCCUGAUAUUUUCAGUUGAUUGUAAUAUAGUCACUAUCAGUACUUUGUGCAAUGUGAAUAUUUUGUAUGUGUACAUGGGCAGUCAUAGGUCAUAAUAUAUAUUACCAACAUGUUGUACAACUACUGUAAAAACAGAAUGACUGUGCUUUCAUUUGUAAAUAAAAUUUGUAUAUAUUUAUCUAA